UGAGAGAAGGAAGAUGGCAAAGAGUAUUUUAUGGGUUUUUAUGUAUGGAUCUCAAUGAAAGCCAAAGGCAUUAAGACCUGUUCUUCUCAGAAGAUACUGUCUAAUGAACAAAACAAGUUCCUGUUACUUUAAUAUUAGCCAAAUUUAAGCAGAGAUGGAAACAGGAUGGACUGCACAUAUUAGAAAUUCUGAUUUUAACCAACAGGUAUGUAUAAAAUCUGCAUGGUCUCAUUAACUCUGCUACCCAAGUCUGGAAUUCUAUCUGAAUAAGAAUAACUAGAAUAGCUUUGCUUUUUGAGGCAGUCAGCGUUGCAAGCUCCAAGUUCUGUGGAAGUUUUGAGAUUAGAGAUGCUUUUGUAAACCUUGCCAAAGUUUCAGGGGAGGAAAGUGAAGGUAUUAAAUUUUCAUUAUGCUUUUAUCUUUCAUGGCAGGACAAUGGGGCACUAGGGAAGUAGCUUUGUUGCUGAACGGAUCAUUUUCCCUUUCGAUCCACUCCCACCCUGAUCCUGCCUAAUUCGCUCCUGACAGGAAAAAUAGUGUAUUAAUACGAUUACCCUGGGAACUAAGAGUGAAUGAAGGUAGUUCUGUGCCAUAAACAACUUUGCUGGUAGAACUGUGACUUGUGAUCUUCUGUAGCAAUGACGACUAAUUGUCAUGACUGCAAAAGUUUUAGAUCAACAUUUGCUUACCUUUAGAUUGAAAUAGCCAAAAGACAGAGGAUGUCUGCUUUGGCAAGCUGAGGGGUGGGAGGGAAAGCUUUAGGAGUGUUUCACAGGUUAGAGAUGAGUAGCACUGGUUGUUUGUCCUUGUGACUUUUAUCCCCACUAUAAGAACAAAACUGUAAAGAGGGGAGCUGGUGGUAAACAGCUUUGAUUGCUGAGACUGAUGCUGCAUAUAAGCUCUGGGCAAGGGUUUGUUGCAGCUAAUAUUUACACAGGGUUUUGCACAAGGCCUUUAGCAUCUCUCUGGUGUGCUGGUACCUCAUCACCGAAGAGAAGAAAACAAUCUCCCACUGCUCAAGCCUUUAGAAAAUGUCUAAUUAUUUUCUGCUUAGGAAAAUUUGCCCAAGCCUACCUGUGUGUGUCUGGGAGAGAAAGUGUGUUCAGGCUUGUAAGGCAUGUUCAACACCUGUUUUCUGCAGACCAGGCUGUUUGAAAAAUAUAACAAUUGAAUUUUCUGAAAGUCACACUUUGCUUUAGAAAAUACUGGACUGUUCUUGUGGGUGUUGUCAGUUUGUUUAAAUCAAACUAAGAGUCUUGAGGAGAAAGUAGGUCUUUAUGUAUUUGAAGGGGUGGACUUCAGAAUAAACAUACCACGCUUUUUAAAGAAAUCAACGUUUGUGCUUUUAUGUUGUGUGCUCUCUGGUGACUGGAAGUACUUCCAAGCCAGGCUGAUGACCAACUGACCCAAGUCAAUUUUUACUGAGGUUUCUGAAGCAUUGCACAAGAGGUUUGAAGCAAAAAGUUUGGGGGCAUGUGACACUUAAUCUCUUUACCAGUAAGAAUAAAGUUUAAGUAUCCUGUUGGAAAUGUACGCAGUUCUGUGCUGUUCUUUGUUUUAAUUAACGAGCUUUUCUCCUGCAUAGAUUGGGAGCAUAAGCUUCUUUGCACUUUAGUCCAAUUAAAUCAUUCUUGGAGGCUGUCAAUGGUGGGGCAGCUCUCCCCCGCCUCUUUUUUUAAUUGUUCAGUGAGUCUGUUGGAUAAUGAAAGAAUUUGCCUGACAGGGCUUUGUAGCGUUUCUUCGUCUUGAUGAAUGAUUGCAGAGGACGAACGACAGUCUCUUUUGUCCAAAAUGCAUUGGAAUGAUUCAUCCGGUUCCUCACAAAGUGACAUUGAAGCUCAUUCAGCCUUUACACAGACUGAGCACAACAUAGUUGCAGCUUACUUAAUAACAGCAGGAGUGAUAAGCAUUUUCAGUAACAUUGUUGUGCUAGGGAUCUUUGUUAAGUACAAAGAACUUCGGACAGCAACCAAUGCAAUUAUUAUCAACUUGGCUUUUACUGACAUUGGUGUCAGUGGCAUUGGCUACCCCAUGUCAGCUGCCUCAGACCUUCAUGGAAGCUGGAAAUUUGGAUAUACUGGAUGCCAGAUCUAUGCUGCCUUAAAUAUCUUUUUUGGGAUGGCGAGUAUUGGUUUGCUCACUGUUGUUGCAGUUGACCGUUACCUGACAAUCUGCAGGCCUGAUAUUGGAAGAAGAAUGACUACCCGUACCUAUGCCACCCUGAUCCUUGCUGCUUGGAUAAAUGCCAUCUUUUGGGCUUCCAUGCCUACCGUAGGCUGGGCUGGCUAUGCUCCGGAUCCAACUGGAGCAACAUGCACAGUAAAUUGGAGGAAAAAUGAUGCGUCCUUUGUUUCCUACACAAUGAGUGUAAUUGCUGUUAAUUUUGUUGUACCCUUAACAGUCAUGUUUUACUGUUAUUACAAUGUUUCCCGGACAAUGAAAAAAUACACCAGCAAUAACUGCCUGGAGAGCAUCAACACGGAUUGGUCUGACCAAGUAGAUGUAACAAAGAUGUCUGUUGUGAUGAUUGUAACGUUCUUGGUGGCAUGGUCUCCCUAUUCCAUUGUGUGUUUAUGGUCUUCCUUUGGGGACCCAAAGAAAAUUUCUCCUGCAAUGGCCAUCAUAGCUCCUCUAUUUGCAAAAUCUUCCACAUUCUACAAUCCAUGCAUUUAUGUCAUUGCAAACAAAAAGUUUCGGAGGGCAAUCCUGGCAAUGGUGCGGUGUCAAACAAGACAAGAGAUAACUAUAAACAAUGCCUUGCCCAUGAGCGUAUCGCAAAGUGCACUGACAUCGUAAAAUUCAUUUCAUUUG